GGAGAGUCCGGGCCACGGAUCUUGGACGCUGGCUAGCGCGCAGGCUCGCGUCGGGGCGGCCCCGGGCUUUUGCAAGCGGCGCGGCGGGCCUGCGAGCUGGGGCUGCAGCCGCUUCCUCGACCUCCUUCUCGUCCUCGGCGGCCGGCCGAGUAAGGCCCGGCCCGCGCGGGGGGCAGGCGGCGGCUGCCUCAGGCGGAGGCGGAGGUGCGGCGGAGGGUGGGGGCCGCUGCCUUCGCAGGAGCCCGCGCCGGCCCGCGCCUUUGCACCGUGCUCCAUGCAUCCGGAGCCCGCCCCGCCCCCGAACAGCAACAGCCCGGAGCUUCCCCUCAGCGGCGGCAGCACCACCAGCGGCAGCCGCCGGAGCCGCCGCCGCAGCGGGGACGGGGAGCCCCCGGGGUCGCCGCCACCGCCAGCCGCCGUCACCUACCCGGACUGGAUCGGGCAGAGUUACUCCGAGGUGAUGAGCCUCAACGAGCACUCGAUGCAGGCGCUGUCCUGGCGCAAGCUCUACUUGAGCCGCGCCAAGCUCAAAGCCUCCAGCCGGACCUCUGCUCUGCUCUCUGGCUUCGCAAUGGUGGCGAUGGUGGAGGUGCAGCUGGACGCCGACCAUGACUACCCGCCAGGGCUGCUCAUCGCCUUCAGCGCCUGCACCACAGUCCUCGUGGCCGUGCACCUGUUUGCCCUCAUGAUCAGCACCUGCAUCUUGCCCAACAUCGAGGCCGUGAGCAACGUGCACAACCUCAACUCAGUCAAGGAGUCGCCCCACGAGCGCAUGCACCGCCACAUCGAGCUAGCCUGGGCCUUCUCCACCGUCAUCGGCACGCUGCUUUUCCUGGCCGAGGUUGUGCUGCUUUGCUGGGUCAAGUUCUUGCCCCUCAAGAAGCAGCCGGGGCAGCCCCGGCCCACCAGCAAGCCCACGCCUGGUGGGGCAGUGGCCAGCGUCAACGGCAGCAGCGCGGGCGGCAUCACCCCGGGCCAGGCCGCCGCCAUCGCCUCCACCACCAUCAUGGUCCCCUUCGGCCUGGUCUUUAUCGUCUUUGCCGUCCACUUCUACCGCUCACUGGUCAGCCAUAAGACGGACCGACAGUUCCAGGAGCUCAACGAGCUGGCCGAGUUUGCCCGCCUGCAGGACCAGCUGGACCACAGAGGGGAUCACCCCCUGACGCCCGCCGGUCACUAUGCGUAAGCCCUUCUGGGCUCGGGCACUUCAGAUCUCUGGCCUUAAGCCGCUCCCCACGACCUCGUCCUGCCCCAGCCUCAAGGACAGCCAGCUCAGGGGACUGGGAUUUUGUCAGGGGGCAGAGAGUGGAGGGAAGAGGCUUUUUUUUUUUUUUAAGAGAAACGACUGCACUUUGAAACUUUCCUCUGAGAGAAUAAGCACUUCCUGUUCUUCCAGCUUCAGGUUCACCUCCUGGUAGGAGGCCACCGGCGGGAGCCAGAGUGGGGACAAAUGCUCCCUUUGUCCCUCCUCCUCCCGUGUGCCUGUGCCACUUGGAUGCUUCUUGUCUUUUCUGUCUUGACCCCCCUUCCCGUUCAGUGUCGUGUGUGUGUGUGUGUGUGUGUGUGUGUGCGCACAUGUACAAGCGUAUGUGCACACACAUAAAUAUACUCAUAAGGGACACCUCUUGUGUGUGUAUUUGUUGGGUCUGGACUGGUGCCCCAAUCCAGUGAGGCUCUAAGCAAAAAAAAAUUUUAAUGUUUGAUUUUGAAAUUUUUCAAACCUAUGAAAAAUUUACAUGAAUAGUAACUGAAAUAUCCAGACAGUCAAUUCUUGUUAUUCACAGCAGUGGUGUUCUAUGAAUCAGUGGGUAUCGAACCACUGCUCCUGUGGGGUUAGGUUCCUACGAGCGUUUGGUCAGGAUAUUCUGCCAGGCGUUCACUAGGUAACCUUGUUUUAUGUGUUUCUGUUUUUGUUUUGUUUUAAUUUUUAAGUAAUCUCUGCACACAGCGUGGGGCUCAGACUCACACCCCUGAGAUUGAGAGCUGCGUGCUCUACCGACUGAGCCAGCCAGGCACCCCAUGUGCAUUUCUGUUUAAAGACACCUUAUUUAACACAGUUGUUGGUUCAUGAGCGAUGAACUCAACUCAUGGCUGACAGCACAGUAACUUGUACCUAAAUGAAGCUUUUCCAAAAGGCAUUUUCUCUGUAAGGCACAUCACUGCCUUCUUUUUAAAUAUUUUAUUUUUUUAAAGUGAUUUCUGCACCCAGUGUGGGGUCGAACUCACAACCCUGAGACCAAGAGUCGCAUGCUCCACGGACUGAGCCAGCCUGGUGCCCCGCUGCCUUCUUUUAUAGCAGAAUCCCUGGGGUGCCUGGCUGGCUCAGUCCGUGGAGCGUACGACUCCUGGUCUCGGAGUCGUGAGUUCAAGCCCCAUGUUGGGCAUGGAGCCUCCUUAAAAUAAAAAUUAAAAAUAAAAAAACAAAACAAAAGUAAAAUCUCCAACAGAGAGCACGAAAUGUGAAAAACAUGGCCCUGAAUAGAAGGUGAAAGGACACGUGCUUAGGAAGGCUGAGACAAGAGGGCAGAGUGGGGCCUGUUUGACCUCGGCGAGGAAGAGAUUCGCAAAUACUAAAGCUGUGAACGAGGAGGAUGAGCUGUACCUUUCUCUUCUGAGGCACGUGCGUUAGUUGCAGAUAUCAUCCUUCAUGCCUAACUACUUCCUCCUAAAGCCAAGGACAUUCUCCCUAGCCUCAAUUCACUAAUCAGAUUCAGGGAUUUGACAUUGAUGCAGUACUGUUUAAUAGGGCGUUCAUGUUCAGUUCUCCCCUUGUCCUGAUCAUGUCCUUUCUAGCCUUCAGGGUCAUGUGUUGCAUUCACUUGUCACAUCUCUUUAGUUGCUUUAAAUUUGGAGCCGUCUUUUCUUGCCUUUCUCACAUUGACAUUUUUGGAGUCCAGGCCUGUGGUUUUGUAGAAUGCCACCUCGGUCCGGUUUCCCCAAUACUUGCCCACUAUUACAAUCAGGAUGUGUGUCUUGGCAGGAAUAUUUAUCUCUGUUUUGCAGACGGCAAAAAUUGAUGCCCAAAGAGGUUAAGUAAUUGGCCAGAAUUCGAACCUGGAAAGUCUGGCUCAGAGCCCAGGCUCUCACAAAAAUCUUAUAUGCUGAUUCUGUUUUUGCUUAAGAAAUUGGAAGAUCCAGCAGCAGCAGCACGGGUCCCACCUUCUCACAGAGCAGCAGGGAGGAGGAGCAGAGUUGCAGCCACCCUCUUCCCCAGGAGAUGUGUUUGCUACAGUCCCCACCAUUCCCUCUUGUCUCACACCAGGCCAGCUUUGUUUAUUACUUACCUGGCCCUCCACGGUCCCAGGAAGCCAGUACAGAAUGUGGUUUUAUAAAAAACAAAGUCCUUUGACUGAAGUGAAAGUUUCUUGGGGGAAAGUGUGGACUUAAGUUCUUGUCCUUCUAUGCAAACUCAGACAUGCUAAUAGCAGCUUUGUGGGCUGAGUGGGGCAGAGGACCCUCCUUUUUCCUAUUGUAGCUUUUUGCCUCUAUCCUGCGUCACAUGCACUAGGACCCACCCUCCCCAGUCCCUGGACAGCCCCAGACUGGGACUGAGUAAUGCGGAGCAGGGGCCCCUGUGUGAAAUCUCCAUUGCUCCCCAGAGAAGACUUGGCCAUCUUCCAUCCAUUCCCCUCC